UUCAACAUCACCAUAGCUAUUCCCACACCAAGACGGUCUUUGCCGCCAUACCAACACGACUGUAGAAUCCGGACGCUUACUUUACCUGAUCUUACGCCUUCCCGCCCGCUUGUUCACGCCCGACGAAAGUCGCCUUCGCUCCCCACAACCACCACCCCAAGCUCAUCACCAUGGAGGUCCUGCUAGGAAUCACCGGCAAGGACUUUACCCUCAUCGCCGCCUCCAAAGCCGCCAUGCGUGGCGCCACCAUCCUCAAGGCAUCCGACGACAAGACCCGAGUACUCAACACACACACGCUGAUGGCCUUCUCUGGAGAAGCCGGCGAUACGGUCCAAUUCGCCGAAUACAUCCAGGCAAACGUACAAUUAUACUCCAUGCGCAACAACAUGGAGCUGUCACCCGCUGCAACUGCCAACUUCGUCCGAGGAGAACUGGCGUCGGCGCUGCGAUCAAGAAAACCAUACACGGUCAACUUGCUCCUGGGCGGAUACGACACGAUUGCCGACAAGCCAACUCUCUACUGGAUCGACUACUUGGCGAGUCAAGCACCGCUCCCAUACGCCGCACAUGGAUACGCACAGUACUACUGUCUCUCCCUGCUCGACAAACAUCACCAUCCUGACAUCGACUACGAACAAGGCAUGAAGAUCCUGCGUAUGUGCACUGAGGAGCUGAAGCGACGUCUUCCGAUCGAUUUCAAGGGCGUACUGGUCAAGGUCAUAACAAAGGAUGGUAUCAAAGACGUGGAGUACGAAGAAGACGUAAAGGUUGCGAUCCCAUAGAAGACUAUGGGUCAGCGGAGGCUAGACCAUUCUACCAGAUGAUUUAUGCACAGCAAAUGGGUGCCAUUACGAUUAUGACACUCGGGCAUGAUAGAUAACGAAGCUAAGUAGUCAAUUGACAUUAA